UUUGACAUUAAAGUUGCCCAACAGCUGGUCUCUCGUCGUCACUUCCUUCCGCUCUUCAAGGAAGUUAAAACAAACAAAGCACAGACCCGACAAACACACACGUGUAGCCUACUACCACCGUUGUUUGUGUUACUGAAAGCGCAUUCAAAGGAACAUCACUUUUCUAUUACAGCCAUAUUUAUGAGAAAAACCGACUGCUUUGGAUACACCGAAAAGGUGCAGUUUCAAGGUCUGUAGAACACUACUAAGAUGCCCUCUGCAGAAGUCAACUCUCCACUCCAGCUGAUGAGGAGCAUCAAAGAAGAGACAGAGGAGUUCAGCUUAGCUGACUCUCCAUCCCAGCUGAACAUAAAAGAAGAGAGAGGAGAGGUCCCUGGUUCUCCAGAACAGCUGAACAUAAAAGAAGAGACAGAAGAGUUCCCUGGUUCUCAAGAACAGCUGGAGAUGAAAGAAGAGAGAGAAGAGUUCCCUGCGUCUCCAUCCCAGCUGAACAUAAAAGAAGAAACCGAGCAAGGACGGCAGGAGAACAAUGAAGAGAACCACAGAGAUGCCGAGUCAACCAAGAGAUCUGGGCAUCAGUUACACUGUGGUUCCAGUGGAGAGGAGUUUCGUGGAAAAACACAUUCUGCUGCCCUGACUACAGAGAGGCCGUACGUCUGCAGUCAGUGUGGCAAGAGCUUUAAGAGAAAAGAUGAGCUCCAACGCCAUCAGCGUGUUCACACAGGGGAGAAACCAUUUUCAUGCACUGACUGUGGAAAGAGUUUCACACAGUAUUCUAGUCUCUACACACAUCGCCGUAUUCACACUGGACAUAGGCCGCACGCUUGCAGUCAGUGUGGCAAGAGAUGUAAGGCAAAACAGGAGCUCCAACGCCACCAACGUGUUCACACAGGGGAGAAACCAUUUUCAUGCACAGACUGUGGAAAGAGUUUCUCACAGUCUUCUAACCUCUACAGACAUCGUCGCUUUCACACUGAAGAGAGGCCGUUCCCUUGCAGUCAGUGUGGCAAGAGCUUUAAGACAAAACAAAAACUCCAAAUCCACCUGCACAUUCACACAGGGGAGAAGCCGCACGCUUGCAGUCAGUGUGCCAAGAGCUUUAAGGCAAAAUAUGAUCUCCAAAACCACCAGCGUGUUCAUACAGGGGAGAAACCAUUUUCAUGCACAGAGUGCGGAAAGAGUUUCUCACAGUCUUCUAGUCUUCUCAGACAUCGUCGCAUUCACACUGGAGAGAAGCCGCACGCUUGCAGUCAGUGUGACAAGAGCUUUAAGACCAAACAGGAGCUCCUACGCCAUCAGCGUGUUCAUACAGGGGAGAAACCAUUUUCAUGCACAGACUGUGGAAAGAGUUUCUCACACUAUUCUAGUCUCUACACACAUCGUCGCAUUCACUCUGGAGAGAGGCCGCCACAGAUUUUAGCGUUCGCGAACUGGAAAGUUGGUUUGCUAUGCGAACCGCAAAAUAGUUAUUUUUUCUUGUGGCCGUCAGCAGGUUCAUCUGGGUAACACAGUCAGGUGCGGGAAAAGGUCAGAGCCCGGUAUGAACACGGGCGGUUCGCAGAUAAGCACUUUAGUGUCGAACGUAACUAGUGCGGGCACCGUCACCGGCUCCGUUCGGGUCGGCCUGAAAGCCCUAGUGAGUUUGAAAUAUUAUGUCUGGAAUUUGCAGUUUUUGGGUAGGUCCGAAAGCCCUGUUGUAGCCGGCAGUGACUGGUUGGUAAUUAUUAUAGCAGCAACAAGUGUAUUCACCACGCGAAUACCUUGUAAGUGAACAUCAAAAACAAUAUUCUUAUUUUACUUACAGUAGGCCUACGUAUAAAUAAGUAGUCUACACCAGUGCUUCUCAACUGGAAUAGUCUUGGGACCCACCAUUUUCCACUCCCAUUCGGUCGCCACCCAAUUUUUUUUAGCAACACUCGAAUGACUGGUAGCACGCUACUGUCUCGCAUAAACAUUCUGAUUUUAUCUAUGAUGACAGAUGACACCAGUUCAAUCGCCUAUCAAAAUAAAAGUUGUAAAUUGUUGCAGGAAAAGUUGGAUGAUUGUUUAUUUUUUUAUUUCAGCAAAUCAAUGAACUACGAUUUUUUUUUACACCACGGCUCCGCGAUCCACCCAUGACCCCUCCCCGACCCACUUUUGGGUCGCGACCCACCAGUUGAGAAUCACUGGUCUACACAACCUCAUUUGCUAUGUGUGCAUGUUACUGGCAUCGCGACUCCACUGUCUCUAAACCCAGCAACUUUCUCAGUGUGGAAUGGAUGGAAAGCAUGUUGAAGAACUAGUUCCAUGGACAUUAAUGCUACGUCCUUCGUUUAUGGCACGAUAUGCUACACCAAGUGUAAAAUAAAAAUUGUUAUUAAUGAAUGAGGCGGGCAA